AUGGGCGCGGAUGGCGGGCUGAACCGGGCGGCGGAGAAGCCCCGGGAUGGGGAGGGCGGGGAGGCGAGGGUGUUCCGGUGCACGGACUACUCGCUGCCGCGGACGACGCUGGCGCUGACGCUCUGGCUGGGCGGCAUCCACUUCAACGUCCUCGUUCUUGCGUCGCUCUUCCUCCUCUCCCGCCGCGCCGCUGCCAUAGUGGUGGCGUUCCAGCUCUUCUUCAUGUUCGCGCCCGUCAACGACAGGGACAAAUGGGGCCGGAGCAUCGCCAGGUUCAUAUGCAGACACGCAAUGGGCUACUUCCCUAUCAGUCUGCAUGUGGAGGACUACAAGUCCUUCGAUCCCAGCAGGGCUUACGUGUUUGGUUAUGAGCCGCACUCAGUGCUGCCGAUAGGUCUGUCAGCUCUUGCUGAUCUUGUUGGGUUUAUGCCUCUCACUAAGAUCAAGAUCCUUGCGAGCAGUGCGGUGUUCUACACCCCGUUCUUGAGACAGAUUUGGACAUGGCUUGGAUUGGUACCUGCGACGAGGAAGAAUUUCCACCACUACCUUGGAGCUGGUUAUAGUUGUAUCGUAGUCCCUGGUGGUGUACGGGAAAUUCUUCACAUGAACAAUGAUUCAGAGGUUGCAUUUCUUAAAUCAAGAAAAGGGUUUGUCAAGAUAGCUAUGCAGUCUGGAUGCCCUUUAGUCCCAGUUUUCUGCUUUGGGCAGAGCUAUGCAUACAAGUGGUGGCGGCCAGGUGGCAAAUUGUUUAUCAAGAUUGCUAGAGCAGUUAAAUUUACUCCUAUUAUCUUCUGGGGUAGAUUUGGCACACCAUUCCCCUUCCCAAGACCCAUGCAUGUGGUCGUGGGUAAACCUAUUGAAGUCAAUAAGAAUCCCCAGCCCACGAUUGAUGAGAUUAAUGAAGUGCAUGAACAGUUCAUCAUUGCCCUGUGGGACCUGUUUGAGAAGUAUAAGGGGAAAGCUGGAUAUCCUGGCCUUCAUCUAAGAGUCCUAUGA